AAAUCUGAAUAACCUGUGUUCAGAAGUCCACGGAAAAAUAUAUUCCACAUCAAUCCCUAUUAAAAACGAUCAAAAACUUGGAACUGUACCCAAACAACGAAGAAAAAGAGCAAAUUAAUCAGUCGUUUUACACAAGUUUAUCACAAAGUUAUUGUUUAUUGCAUUACCAGUGUAGUGACAAAUUUAUGAAUCAUUUGGCAACGUGACCUUGGGUACACUGUUGUGUGACGUGGUGUUAAGAAUUCAGCAGUUGCAUAUGUGUCAGGCCCCACAUAGACUUGGUUAUGUGCAUCGUGUCGUUAUCUACAGGUGGCAUUUUCUGGACCCAACAACCAGAGUGCACACAAACAAUAUUGAGCUAUGCGGUCGAAACUGAAAGAGUUUUUGCGACCUUAUGGAUCCAGAGGCCGACUAUUAUGGAGCCAUAAGGAGGAUUUCCUCUACCGUAUGCAUUACGAUUUUAGAACCUCUGAACCUCUUUCUAACCUUGACAAGUUUUCGAACCAUGUAGAAAAAAUGUAUCCACCUUAAUUUUUUGGUUUUGUUCAAUACACUUUUACUCUAUACUAACUGUGUUGACUGGCUAGUGUUUCUCAAAGUCACUUGCGAUUCGUUCAAAGGUCGUCCAUAAAUCAUAGUCUCGACGUAUUCCAGAUGCAAAUUUAUUAUUAAGUAGUUGAAAAAUUAAUCUAAUCGCCUCUUGUUUUCCCUUACGACAACAGAAGUAGGCUUAGGUUAGCAACUCGUUAAACAGAAGCUUUGUGAUUCCGAGGAUCACCUUAGUUACUGUUCUUUAAACCUUGUUCAACAGCUUAUCAUUUCUCUAAGCAGGGACUGGCUGAUCGUAUGGAAUAAUUAAGUUUAGACCAAAUGAAACGUGAUUAAAGGCUGGACCUAUUGAUUAGAGAGUUCUGAAACUUCUAAAAGCUAUUGCAUAUCAGUGUACAGUAAUUUUCAAGUUUCGACGAACGACUCCUAAAUUAUUGUGUUGUUGGGCAAUGGAGCAAUGUUAUAAUUUAUCAACGAGGCAGUGAAAUUAAGGAUAGCAAUCCUUAAAUUUUGGUGUGAAGUUCAUUUACCUAUAUGGUUAAAUAGCAUUCUGACGUUAUAACUGAUGUCAUUUUGUAAUGAAAACCCUAACUCUAAUUCCCAACCCUAACUUCUGGUUUUCAGUCGCAUUCAUAAUUCUUCACACUAAUCUACAACCCUCUUUUGACCCUAGAAAGUGGUAGGAGGGUCAGGUCAUCUGAGCAGUCCGAUUCAUCUACUUGCAUUCAAGCUGCCCAUUGUAUUCCUUGGUUCCUCCGAGAUGUUAAGUUUUUCAUAAUCCAGUCAACCACUAGAAGAAAGAAACAACGGAAGAGUAAGCAGCCUUGUCUGACACCGGUCUUCACUUGGAAUGCAGCCGUCCUCCAUACACGACUUUUCAGUGUAGUCGACCGUAUGAAUUCCGUAUGUUGACAAUCUUUUCAGCUACUUAUUACAUUGUGUUGAAGAACGUUCCAUAAGACCAUCCCAUACACACUGUCAAACACUCCCAUAAUCAAGGAAGAUGGUGUACAGUGACGAGUUCCGUUCACUUGAUUGUUCAAUAAUGAUCUUUAGUGUCGCGUUUUGGUCUGUAUUUGACCGAUCCUUACGGAAUCCGAUCUGUUGAUCUCGAAGUUGGGCGUCUAUUGAAUUUUUCGUUCGGUUCAACAACACUAUUGAAAACGUUUUCUGGUAUUGAUAGUAGUGUGUUGUUUCAUUAGUUCUCACACUCACUGAGAUCUUUCUUUGAUAUCUUGAUGAGGUGUCCUUCUUUUCAGCCUGUUGACACUUGUUCUUCUUAUCAAAUCUUUCUGAUUAGUAUUUCGAGCAUCUUUGCAGUUACUCCUAUGUCGGAUCCUGCUGCUUUCCCACUCUUAAUUUGUCUGAUAUUCAUGACGAUUUUUUCUUUGUUGGGGUGACAGCUAUAAGAAGGUCUGUGUGUGUUGCUUCGAUGUUGGGUACAUUCAGUGGGGUUUGUUUAUUUAAGAGUUUUUCAAAGUGCUCUACCCACCUGUUCCUCUGUUUGUGAAUCUUAGCGAUUGACUUGCCUUCUUUGUCCUUGACUGGUCGUUCGGGUUUACAAUAUUUCUCUGCUAGUUUCGCCGUUGUGUCGUAUAGUUGUCUUAUAUUUCCUUCUGUUGUGGCUUUCAACUAUGUCGUUGCUAGGUGUUUCACAUAUUUCUACGUGUCAGCUCUAAUGCUCCUGUUCACUAGCUUGUUUGCUUCAGUGUGUUCCAGUUGUCCUCCAUAAUAGUUUCUUUUAGUAGAUCUCGUAAUGAUUGGAACCAAUUGUUGAGAACUGUCUUGAAUUCGUCGACUUUGUCAGUAUGUCGAAGAAAGGCAGUAUUUAACCUUUGUAUAGCUGUUUCCCCAGUUUUCCAGUGUUUUUUAGCUUUAGUUUGAUCUUGGCCACAACCAGGUGGUGGUCUCAAGCUAUAUCAGCUCCUCUCCUGGUUCUCACAUCUUCCAUUGUCCUUCUGAAAUUCUUAGUGAUACUAUUAUGAUCUAUCUGGUUCUCCGUGAUGUGAUCCGGUGAGACCCAUUUAGGUUUGUGUAUGCGUUUGUGUGGGAGUAUAAUUCCACCUAUAACCAUUUCGUUGAAUGCACAUAAAUUCGCAAAUCUCUCACAUUUCUCGUUUUUUUUCUUGUAAACCACGUCGUCCCAUGAUAUCUUCAUACCCAAUGUUGUCCAUUCUGACUUUGGUGUUUAGGUCUCUCUUCAAGACUGUCAGGAUCUUUCCUGAACACUUCGCUAUGAUCGAUUACAGCUUCAUGAAACUGAUCUUUGUCGUCUUCGUUGCAAUCAUUGGUGGGUGCAUAACACUGGAUAACAUUCAUAGCUGCGUUCGCCAUUUCAAUCGCUCCUGAUAACAAGCUAAUUACAUCUAAGCAGCACUGAUGGCAUAGCCACACGCAUCCGGGUCUACUAUAACUUGUUAACACUGCAGGUAUUUGAUUAGUGCAAACUUCAUGGUACGCUUACUACACUGCAUCUCACUAUCCACCGGGUAUCGAAAACCUGGGCGUUAACAAUUACGUUCUUUACUCUAUCUAGUCAUCUCUCGAAGAUUUUUCAAAUAGAUUGAAAGAGAAAAGGUUAUAUAGGCAAAAGCCGAUAACCAUAAAAAGAUGGGUUAAAAUAAAAACAUACCAUGAACAGCCAAAUCCAAAUGUGCAAUAACUGAAAAUGCUGCUGUAUUUAAAAAGAAUACAGGUUAUAAACCCUUUGUAAGAACGAUAUUUUUCAAAUGCUUUAAUUGAUGGUAAUUCAAUUAAACUGAAAAGUCUUGAUGGGUUAUAAACGAUCGGAAUUACAAAAGUCUUUUCAGCAAGGAAAAGUACCACUAUCCUGCAUAUCUGUCAACCCUAAAAUUAUCCGACUAAGUUCAUCGGUCAUGCGCAAGCUCGUUUCUUUUGCUUAUUGAUCGAUGUUGUCUUAUACUGAAAUAGCACAGAAAUCUACAAUCUCUAAGAGGGUUAAGAGAGAGCUCUGAAGACAGGACGUUAAUAGGUUUAAUCCAGUAGGUUGUUGAAGAUUGUGAACCAUCAUUUAGUUCCUAGUUCUGGCACAUUGAAGUAUUGACCCGAGACCGAACGGUUGCAAUCUGCACACCUCCCCCACCUUCAUUAUCGCAGUCUUAUACUGUGGUGUUGUGUAGAGAGCAAUGUUACAUAGCUUAUUUACUUACCAUUUAAUUAGCAGUUGAAUAUCUCAUUAGGUAUGUAACUAACAAUAUGUCUAUAAAUAGCAGACAAACCAUCUGUAUUUCCACUAAGGCUAGGUUGCCAUCCUGUUGGAUGCUAUAUAGCUCGCAAGUUAUAGUGGUAUUCAUGAAUAUAAAAAUCUGUGCAACGUCUUGCUCAGUCCUACCCGUUAGUUUUUGUACCAGUUCGCGAUAUAAAAGUUAGUUAUACAUCACUGGUUGCAUGUUGGAUUUAAACCUUAUUCUAUCAAUUGAUUUUAUGCAGUUUAUCUAUUUUCUCUUUGUAGAAAUUCCAGAAAUAUUACCUAACUUUCGGUUUUUAAUACAGUAUGGCAACUUGGGAUGAGGUGCGAAAACUAGCUAACAAACUCAAAGAAACACAAAAUCAACCUAAUAUUUGUAAACUAUCUGAUAGAACAUGGGUCGAUAUUAUAAAACAUUUAAUGUCUGUGAAUAGAUUAAAACUGGUUUUCUCAACUGAUGGGCGAUCAUAUUUAACUCGGAACGAGCUCGAUAAGGAAAUCCGAGAUGAAGUUGAAGCACAUUCUGGUAGAAUUACACUUACGGAACUAGCAUCAAAUCUUGAUGUGGAUUUCGAUAUCAUUGAAUCAAGAGUCACUGAAUUGAUAACCUUAGAUGCACAAAACAAAUCGCCUUGUCGUUUGAUCAGUAUACCUAGUGAAGUUGUCAACAGUUCAUAUGUUCGACGCGUAGCUCAUGAAAUACUUGAUCGACUAGAAGAGCAUGGCCAGACUAGUAUUGGUGAACUAACUGUCAUCUUUAAUCUGCCUACAACAUUCUUAUCGAGUAUUAUGCAAGAGUAUCAAAGUACUUUAUUUCAUGUACAUAAAUAUGGUGAGAAGUACUUUACAGAUACUUUCCUUAAUGCUACUAAGGCGAAAAUUCGAGGUUAUUUUACAGGUGUUAUCCGUCCUGUUACUUUAAGUUCAGUUGCUUCAAAGCUUCAAGUUCCUGAAAAUUUAAUUAAUAGUAUUGUCUCUAGUCUUAUCAGUACUGGUCGAUUGUAUGGUAAUCUGAUUGCCGGUCGUAGUGGCUUCGUUCCAAAAUGUUAUACUUAUGCUGAGGAUACAUACAUCAAUUCAUUUUACUCUCAGAAUGGAUAUAUUGAAUGGAACUACUUAAAGCGAUUGAAUAUUCCUGAUCCAGGUUCAUAUUUAAAGACUAAGCUUCCGAAUGCUAUGCAUCUACCAGGUCUUACGGUUAACACAUUAAUAGUUGAUCAGUUAAAAUCUCUCAUUUCAGGUGUAAUCCGCGACGUAUCUUGGAUAGACCUAUCCCAUUAUAUUCCAAAUGGGUUAGAUUCAAAUGAAAGAUCGGCACUAGUAAACCCUCUGUUAAAAGAUGCUCCUGUGAAAUUACUUGACACAUAUUUAAUUGCUGACAAAUUUAUUGAAAGCUGCGAAGUUUUUCUUGACACGUAUUUAAAGAAAAAGGCUCAGACAGCUUUCCACCACGAACAUCAUGCAAUCCUGUCAAGUCCAACUCAACAACAAUCCGUAGAAGUUAAUACACCUAAACAAGUAGUUACAUCGUCCAAAGGUGGAUUUGGUUUUGGCGCACGUGAAAUUAAGACCAAAAAUGUUAAGAAAAAGUAUAAUCCAAGUAAACGUAAGACGGGCAAUCCAUCAACCACUACUGAUUCAGAAAAUAACUUUCCUAGUGGCAUUGGUGAUUCCCAGUCACUAACUAAAGAUCUUUUUGCUCGUUAUGUUCUCAUGGACGACGUUAGAAGUAUUUUGUCUUCACAGUUACCAAAUGAUGUGCCCAGUGAAAUGAUUGACCAGGUCGCUGAUAUGUUGGAAUCUACUUUACAACAGUCAUUUAUAAAACAUAUUGGUUCACUGAUUUCACCAAAUGCAGGUGCUAACUUCGAUCGUGAGAAAAAGUUGCAAACACAGGAAGUGGUUAAUAGUAUGGUUCUCAGUUUGCAGUUGUUAGAGAGAGGAAUCUCUUCAAUAAAUCGUGAUAUCCUAAGAAACCAAUUAUUAGUUCAUCUUCUGAAAAAUUAUGGUAUGCCUAUUCUUCGGCAGCUAUGUGAUUAUAUUUCCUAUGAAUUCGGAAUUCCAUGGCCUGAGUCGACAACUAGUAAAAAUGAUCUCUCAAAAACAAACUCUUCCGAUUCAACACAAAAUAACAAUGUCAAAUCAAAUAUUACAGAAUCAUUAAGCAUUGAAUCGUAUCAUCGUCUCCUAGAACUGUUAAAACAUACUAGUUUACCAGAUGCAGUUUCAAUAAGCAGUGCUAUACAGCAAGUUUUGGACAGCUUUAAAGUUGGGCAAAAUAAUUUAACAUCACUUAAUGCAUUUUAUACUUCAAUAAAAAAUUUAUCAGUUGACGUUCUCGGUUUGACUAUUUCCGUAUUUCAUUCAUCUAAUAGUCAUAAUAAUAAACGAGAACGAGACGAACGACUUAAAGCUAAUGAAUUGGCCAUUCAAGUUGAAAUGCAACUCAAGGAAUCAGUAUGUGAUGCUAAAAUUAACAACGAUUUAUUAAAAGUUGCAACAACUGCAACUUUAGCAGCUACCUGUUUAUUUGCUCAAAUUAUUAAUGGUUGGCCAGUGACAGCACCUGGAAAAUGUGUACCUGAGUUGAUCGAUUGGUUUUGUGAAGCAUUAAAAUUUAAAACUGAAUUGGAAAGCAACAGUAAUGAGAAAUCGAAUUCACAUAUCACGGCUUUGAAAACAUUACAGGCUUCAAAUGUUCUCGACGAUUUGAGUAAAUUGGCUAAUUAUAUUUCGGAAAAGGUGCGUUCUGGAAAUGUUUUUGAAGAAUCUGAUAUACAAGCCCAUUUGAAACAUAUACUUGAUGUAGGGAUUCAGUGUAGAAAACAGUUGUAUGCAUGAAUAACAAAGAAACCUUACUUUUAUUUUGCUGUUAUUCCAGUUACCAGGUUACUUUUUGUGGUGUUUCUCUACUUCAUUUAAUUAUUUCCAUAUUUUGACAAUUUAUAUUUCACAUAUUCAUAUUUUUGAGACCUCGUGAGCUAUUUUUUUCGUUACGUAAUCCUUGGCUGGCGUGUAAUUUAUCGAUUACUAAGUACUUCUGUUAUCCACUUAUUUAACGACAUUUUAGAUCUAUUAUAGUGGGACUCGUGUUCAUGGGCUAUUGGAUGAAUGCUUGGAGUGUUUAUGACUGUUCAUUUAAAGUAUCAUAAACAACCUAGUAGCUGGUACAAUCGUGUAUUGGUCCAAGGUGCCACAAUUCACGUCAUAAUAGUGAUAUAUGUAGAGCAACGUUUUCAGAAUAGUAAUGUUGGUGACCGUGAGGAAUAUAUAAUUCGAAAAUGAAUGAAAUCGUGAAAUAAAAAGUGUGAAAUUAUAGUAAAACUCAAAAUACAUCUGCAUUAGUUCGAUAAACAUCAUGUUAUGCCAGGUAUAGUAUCAAACCUUUGAUUGCAUCGAUUCCGCCCAGGAGCUUUACAUAUAUAAACUCUGCUCAUUUUAGAAAUCAGUGACCUCAUCAACUAAUAACGUUUCUUAAACCUUUUCCCAGUCUAUGCCAGCCACCGUCGCACGUCACGGUGGAUUUUAGAGCAUUAUUUAUAUUGUAGAAUAUCAAGUAACCGCGAAAGGUAAGAUUUAAUCGAAUCAGCAGAAUUUACGACGACCGAAUAAAUUGUUUUCGUUGCGUUAAGGUAGGAAAUAUUUGUUACACUUGAAUAUUUAAUCACUUACGGUUAAAAAGUAGUGUAUUCAACUGAUUAUGUUGGUAGUUCAACUGUUGAAGUUGAUGUUCUACUAGUUUCACUUAAUUAUUGCUUUUUGACAUGAUCAGUUUCUGCAUUUAAAUGUAAGCUUUCCUUCCAUAUGUUUUGACAUCGUAAUCUCUAAGAACUUAACUCGUUAUAGGUAAUAAAGAGAGAUUAUAUGUUGAUGAUGAAAUUAAUUUGAUUAAAAAAUGUGUGAUAACUAUUCAGCGGGUUUCUGCUUUUGUGUACAUUAAUCUUUAUUUUAUUAGACUUGUUCAUUAAAAUUAGUUGGGAUCAUAGGUGAGUUGUUUAGGAUUAAAUAUUGUAUCCAGUUAACAUCAGAACUUAAUAUUCAUUAUUGCAAAAGUUCUUCAUGAUUUGAACAUAUGUUAACUGUUGGUUUAUAGUAUCAAAAAUCCUUUCAAAUAUACAAAUAAAAAGUUCAAACUAUUGUACUCCACAUUGAUGACUGUCAUAUUUUCUGUUUUCAAUACGUCCAACCGUGUGCACUUUCGUAAAUGUGUUACCAUGGAGUCUCAAAUAUGACCCCAUUUCUGUGUUAUGCUUUCUGGCUUUAAUCAAUGUUAUCGAAAGGAAAAAGUAGCAAAAUCACAUUUAGUACGUUAAAAGGCAGCUCAUGAUUAGUACUUAAGUAAUUUACACACUUGACUUUCAACAAUCUGACAGCAUAUUUGAAACAUGAUACACUUCCGUUUAAUCAGCCUAUAGCAAAUCACACGCAAUUGAGUUUGUUCACAUUUAAUUUGGUCAAGUCAUUUUGUAUGAACAGGUAUGGUUGAGCAUUACUCACUGCCUACGCAUUUAAUCACGCUGCUAACCGUUUAAUUGAUUCGAUGAUUCAUCCACUUCUUUAUGUAUAUAUAUGUCCAUUUAUUCAUGUUCAUUGCUCUCUCUCUCACUCGUACUCAUAUUCGCUGACUCUCUUGCCUUUCGGCACAACUCUUUCAUGCUUGUUUGACGCACCUGUAAUUUUGGAUAUCAGUGUAUGGUCCCAUAACAAACACAAUCAACACUUCGUUUUCGCUUUCUGAUUAAUAUACCGUUGGGGCGUUAUCUAGUGACGGUUAUCAAGACGAACUGUAUACGAAUUUUAAGGAUUAUAUAGAAUACCAACCACCACAAGCCUAAUAAUAUCACUGACCUUCAAACGAAAUGCGUGGUUUUUCUACACAUACUGUAGUUUAUAAAGUGCUUCUAAGUGUACUCUAUCUACACUGUGACCUAUGACUUUUCUCCUAAGUGAUGUUCUCAACAACGGCAAAUUGUAAUAUGACCAUUGUAAAAUUAAUAGUUCUGGAAGAUUUAUGAGGAAAACCAAUGUCGAUUCUACUCUCUUAGGGUGGAGAUACUUCAUUAAGUCAUCGCAUCUCAGCAAACUGGUGAAUUGAGCUAUUAAGAAUUUGUUGAGAGGUAAGGACUGUCUAUAGAGAUAACUCGUUUUAAAAAUGGAUGUACUCAUUUGGUAGCUAAAAGUAGUCCUGACUCAUUUGUUGUGAUUUAUUUCGUCAACAUAUGAGUAAUAGAUGUUAUGAGACAUACCGGUAUAAUAAUGAGAAAAUUUUUUCAGUUCGUUUAUAAAUGAAAUGCAGUUUCUACUCCAUUGAUUGUUGAUGUAAAACAACAAUUAUUGAAAAUGAUGUUGGUGACAGGUUUUUAAAGUGGUUAGUCUGGAGAGGUAAAUAACUUCCCAAAAUAAAUAGUUCUAAAUCUUCGACAUUGAAGCUGGACUCAUCGGUUUCACUAGACAAACCUCUAGCUGAAGGGCUUGGGUCAAGCAUCCGUACAAGGACACGUUUAGAUACACAUCGAAGUGCUAGACGUCCGUUGUUAUCCUCCCGAUUUUGAAGUCCAAACUCCUCCGAAUUGCCAGCUUAUCGUGUGGGUUACAAACUUAUCUUCAGGGUUCCAAAUACACAAUAAAUAGUAAUAGGCCAUCCAAAAGUGUUCAAGAAGGUCAUUUACGUUAGGGAAAAUGAGGUUUUAGUAUUGUACACUGGAGAGGCCCACUAAGACACUCUGUAGCUUGCGAAAAAAUGAAGUUUACCCUGACCUUAAAAGGUCGUUUAGUUAGAUAUCAAGUCAGCGAAUCAGUGGACGAUGACUCGAUAUCUAACAGUUUGAACUUAUUGAUGGGACAUCACUCACGAAAACUAUUGAAAGUUUUUGAAAAGCCGAGGCAUUCGACAUCAAUUUUCACCUUGCAAUCAAGGAUGUUCGUCCAUCUGUCUAUCGCUGUCAGCAGGUUGGUUAUACAAGAGUAAUUGUGGUGUUUGAAUUAACUGAUGAUUCUUUUGUACUUGUUGAUUGCUGGAUUUCGAAUUCUAAAUACAAUUCAUUCGUUCGUGCUUGUCUAGUACUUCUUGAUUCAAUUGCGUUAUUUCGGGGGUUCAUAGUUCGUACUACAAUUCAAAUAAUUCGAAACAUUAAAUUGGCGUCGCGAUGGAGCCUGUGAUGGAACUGUUGGAUAUACAUUCAGAUUUUGGUGCUUUUGAGGAUUAUUUUGAAGGGUCUGAAAUCUGGGCUAUGACCAAGGAAGAUGAUGAGGAUGUUAAUAUUGUAGCACAUUUCCUCACAUUCAUCGGAAAAGAAGCAUACAGCUUAUUAAAAACUCUGGCUAUGCCGGGAAAGCCUAUCUCGCUUCUUUAUACAACUCUCAAGGAACUGCUGCUAGACUAUGUUAAGUAUACAAAUUUCGAACGCAAUAAAGGAAGAUUUUGUAAAGUGAUUCAUGAGGAUGUAAAAAAUUCCACUACAUUACUACGUCAUUCCAACCCAGUGCAUACUCAAUGCUAUGCAGAUAAUUCAUUGAGGAGUUGCAAUACAUUUCACGAAGAUGGGCACAAGUUUAGUCAGUGUUUGUCCUGUGGCAUAUACCACUCUUUUAAUUCAUGUAAAUUUCGUAAUUCUAAGUGCUUUAAAUGUGGUGAUAUUGGACAUAUUCAGUCAGUCUGUAAUACUAAUGUUCAUCUUAUUGCAACUAAUAUUAAGUCUGGUAAUUCUGAUGCAAUUGAGUCGAGUAUUCCUAAUGAUCAUUUAUCUUUAUCAUCGAUUUCAAAAGACAGUGCAGAGUCAUAUAGCAGUUCGGAGUUAAAUGAAACUCAGAAUCCUUGUGAGACAACGGUCUCUGACCAAUCAAUUUGCCAGAAUUCUCAUGCUAUUGUACCAGAUCUGAAGAAAAUAUGUUGAGUGAACAUAAUUAUGAUCAAAAACCUGAUGUAGUUUUGAUGGAUGCUGACAUUUCUAAUGAUCCUUUGCUCUGCAAUGACAUUCUUAAUAAAUUUGAGGAAACUAUUUCAGAAGAAUCAAAACUUGAUGUCAUGACAAAUAUUAUUUGUCCUCAUAAUGCAUUUGUUUCUUGUGGGAAACUUGUUCAAUGCGAAGCACAAGUACUAAAUGACCUCGAUUUUGAUUACAAUUCCGAUGAUUUCAUACCAACUGCUGUUCAUCCUUAUCACAAAUCCACUUCCAAUGUAUACUCCAAUCAAUGUAAGAAAUAUGUUUUAAAUGAAGCCACAUCAUGCAUAACUUGGGGAUAUAAAGAUCCAAUAUUAUUUCGUGGGGGAGGAUAGUGUUGAAAAAUAUAUGGUUCGAAUUCUAGAUAUUAAUGAUUUCAUUACAAAAUCGACAUGCUGAUUGUAUACAGUUUCAGGACCCAGGUGAGUCUGUUCCUAUUUCAGUUGUUAAUUCUAAUACUAAUGAGUGUAUUCAAGAUAAUACAUAGUUCUUAUCCAAUACAAUGUCGGACAGACUCAGGAUGAACUUAAUAAGAAGACGUACAAUCGAUCACAGACACUUAUACUCCUAUUUAAGCUGUGGCGGAUGUGGUGUUUGAAUUAACUAAUGAUUCUUUUGUACUUGUUGAUUGCUCGAUUUCGAAUUCUAAAUACAAUACAUUCAUUUGUGCUCACCUAGUACUUCUUGAUUCAAUUGCGUUAUUUCGGGGGUUCUUAGUUCAUACUACAAUUCAAAUAAUUCGAAAUACCACAGUAAUCCUACUUGAAACCAUG